AUGGUGGGGUAUCUGAAAGAAAUCAUGUACCAGGGAUCCUCCCCUCACUUUCGAGAGGACUUAUUCUUCCUAGAGAAUAUGCAAGAAGAAGAGCAUAGCUUGGUUUCCCUAGUUGGAGUCUCUGCCCUUCAUUCGAGCUCUGCAAAUAGCUGUAUAAAGCAGUCUGACUUCCCAGAUUUACUUUCCAAGUUAAUAGCUGACGACAUUCGAAGGAUGAACAAGCUUUCUUACAGGAGGAUAAAGAGGUCCAAGAGCUACUUUGGACGGAUCCUGCCAACGAGGCGAGAGCUCGGUUGCUCCCACGUGGACGCCGGUAACUCCAGAACCGCGGGGAGACCGAGUACCCACCAAGCAGAGAGCAGAGGCCAAGGCCGGGUCCAAACCGAGCCCACGUCCGCAGAGCGGUCCGGGCGAACAGCAGGUGUCACCCUUCUGCUUCCAAACCCCAACUGCUUCCAGGUGCGUCGCACGUUCUCCAAACUUGAGUGUUCUCAGCUGCGGCCCCCGCUACGCAGUUGCGCCCACUUACGCGUCCGCUGCGCGGUCCCGCGAGGUGGGGGGUUCUGGGUGCCCGUGCGCCCGGGGGAGGGAGGGGUGCGGAGGGGCCGGCAGGUGUCCGAGAAGGCAGCGGGCGUCUCCGAGAGAGCGAAGACUGAACUUGCAGCGGAGGUGAGGAAAGUGGCUAGCGCUGCCAAGUUCCUCCCCUUUCCCCGGCGGUUUCUCCAGGCGUCCAGGGCGCGGAGAAGGCGCCGCCAGGGCUCCGGCCGAGGCGCUCGCACCAUGGCCGCGGCCCCCGUUGCAGCGCGGGUCCCCGUGCGCCUGCACUACCGCGUGCAGCUGCGCUUCGUGACAGAGGAGCAGCUUUUCGCGGCUGGGCCGCUCUCGUCCCCCAACCCGAAAUCUCUGUGGCUGGAGGUGCACCCGGCAGGGGAGGAGGCGGACGCGACGGUGACUGACGCUGAUGGCGUCUGUAUCUUUAAAUGCUUACUCAACAGAGACACUGAAUGUUGCCGUGUGGGGAAGGAGUCCAUCUUGAUUACUCUGGGGUACAACAGUGCUCUGCUGAAGUUCGAGUCUUACGCGGAAUUCAACGCAUUUUCAGAUACCUUGAAAAGAUGCCGGAAUGAGAAAAAAGAAUACUCGGUGUUCAGCCAACGGACAGAAGAGGCAUCUGCUGCACAGUACUUCCAGGUCAGGGAACAGCAGAACAUGAUGCAAGAUUUUGUGAGGACAGCCACUUACCACAGAGCCAUCCUCCAGAACCACAUUGAUUUUAGAGAUAAGGUCAUUCUAGAUGUUGGUUGUGGAUCAGGAAUACUGUCAUUUUUUGCUGUACAGGCUGGAGCUAAAAGAGUUUAUGCAGUUGAAGCCAGCUCAGUAGCACAAUAUGCUGAGAUGUUAGUGAAAAAUAACCACCUUUCAGACAAGAUCAUUGUUCUGCCAGGGAAAAUUGAAGAAAUCUCACUUCCUGAGGCUGUAGAUGUGAUCAUUUCUGAACCAAUGGGAUACAUGCUUUUCAAUGAAAGGAUGCUGGAGAGUUACCUUCAUUCCAAAAAAUGGCUUAAAGCAAAUGGAAUGAUGUUCCCGACAUUCAGUGACAUCCACUUGGCCCCCUUUUCUGAUGAGCAGCUCUACAUGGAACACUACUCCAGAGCCAACUUUUGGUACCAGCAGUGCUUCUAUGGGGUCAACCUGUCCAGUCUCCGGGGUGCUGCAGUGGAUGAAUACUUCAGACAGCCAAUAGUAGACACAUUUGACAUUAGGAUUUUGAUGGCUCGAUCGGUCAAGUACACAGUAAACUUUAUGGAUGCAGAAGAGGCAGAUCUCCAUAGAGUAGAAAUUCCCUUUGUGUUUCAAAUGGCACAGUCUGGCCUCAUCCACGGCCUGGCAUUCUGGUUUGAUGUGGCCUUUGUUGGAUCUCUGGUAACAGUGUGGCUGUCAACAGCCCCAACUGAGCCUUUGACUCACUGGUAUCAGGUGCGGUGCCUUCUUCAGACUCCUCUCUUUGCCAAGGAAGGAGAGACCCUCUCAGGGAAAGUGCUGUUUGUAGCCAAUAAACGUCAGAGCUAUGACAUUCAGAUCACGGCACUGGUAAACCAGACAGGCUUCAGAUCUGGGAAUAUCCUCGAUUUAAAGAAUCCUUUCUUUAGGCUUUUACUCAAAGUAUUAUGUCUCUGUAGCACUGAAAAGCUUGAAAAGAAGAGGAAACUCAGGAAACCAAACCAAGAAUUCUUUGGCAAAGAUGGGAAAAUGAAAUUUUGA